AUGUCGUACCUCGGCGACCUGAACAUCAUGUCAUACCUGGAUAUGAAGCUCCGCUUCCUGGAUGCUAUCCGUUCAUUGAAGGCUUCCCAGAUAAACCUCAAGGCUUCGUUCCUCUGGCGUCUGCUCCCGCAUUCGCUCAACUACUUGAGCCCCCGAGUCGAGGAACCGGAAAAGUUCGAGACCCAGAAGUUCCCCAAACCGGCCGGCAAACCGCUGCCGGAGGACUAUACUAUCCGUGGACUGUUGUGGACCCAGUCUGGUCGUCCGCAGAAGUACUUCGGGGUGGCCGAGGUAGGGGAUGAUGAGAGUAUGUCUGAACCUAUCUUAUUGGGUGAAUAUCGGUGCGAGCGGGUUGUCUGGCCAGCCUUCCGCAUCGCCAAGGAAAGAGGUCGCAUCACCUAUGACCGUGAGACAGACCACCUCCCGCUCGCUCGCGAAUACGAAAAGCCCGACAUCUUCCGUGUCUGGAGUGUUCUGCACGGGGCCCUGGGGCGGAUGUGGCGGAACUUUGCACGAAACAGUCCAGCGCUGUUUCUAGUGAUACUAGCGACACUCGCAACCAAUCUGCCUCAUGUGGCAGCCUUUAACACACAUCAGGCAAAAGCUGCCCUGAGCAUUGCCGGCCGAACCAUAACAGGGAGCUCGGCCGUCAGUGUAGUCGUCCUCGAGACCAACAAGGAGGACAUCAACCCGCUAUGGCGGAUUCUCUCGUACUCGCUCUGGUGCGUGGGGUUCCUCGGAUGCGCCGUGCUGACGCUUCGAAGCCGACAAGCCCAGCACAGAAGAGCCUUUCUCGGCGCCACUAUCCUUCUCGCUGCCCAUCUCUAUGGGUACCUGGGCGGCAAGGACAAGUCCAUUGGCGAGAGCCUUGCCACAUCCGGGCCCUUGGCCCUGACAGUCAGCCUCUACCUGAUGGAUGUGCUUUUCGACGCAAGACCCGACCUUGUACAGGCUGCCAUCGGCGUCUAA